AUCGCAUUAUUAUAAUCCCUAUUAUUUGAGGGAGCAAUGGAGCGAGAAUAACGUUUUUUGGAGCGCUAACAGUGCUUCCAUGCCAUACCAAUAAGCAGACAAAAUCACAAAGCAAAGCGCCAAAUCCAACUGCCAUAGCUCAGCACACAUCUCAAUAAACCCGCCAUUUUGUUCUCACGGCUCCCUCGGUGAUUGCUUCCGAUUCCAGAUCAGUCUUUCUCUGCACCUGCAUUGAAAUUCUCAAUCUCACAUCAAAUCUCAACACAAGAAUUCCACUAUAAAUCCAUUCAAUUUUAUGGCCUUUGCAGGACGAUAAUCAGUCUUUCAACUGUUCAUUAAAGGGUUCGUUUUUCUUAUUCUUUGAUCAUUCUCUUCUGGGUUUUCUCUGUUUGUUUCCAUUUUUUGACUCCUGUUUAUGAGAUAAAGUUUUUAUCCGGUUUAUUUUCGAGGAAAUUUCAUCUGGGUUUAGUGUUUCUAGGUGUGCUGUUGGUGGAAUGAUCUGUUUAAUUAUCAAUAUCUAGUCAUUGACCAAUCUUGAUUAUCAAUUACUUGAGUUUUUAAGGUUUAAUUCAUCAUGGGUUCUUUGGGUUUAUGCUGUUUUGGUGUUCUUAUGAUGAAUCUCUCCAUAUAUAAGCAAGAUAGAAACAGCUGAACGAGGUUUGCCUAUAGUUUGUACUGAUGGCUUCCUCUAUGUUUACUAUGAUCUGCAUUCUGCAUUCUACAGUUGCAAUAUUCUGUGGGUCAUCAAUAAUGUUCUAUCUUAAGGAAAUCUCUGUUCUUGGUCAUGGCAUUGAGACAGCUCAAAAGCUUUUAGGUUCAACUCCGCAUGACCAAUUACUGAUCCAAAUAUCCAAUUCCUUUGCCGGUUUGCUUCUGUUUGUAAUUGGGUUUUUAGUCUUCAUGGUAGCAUUUGUGAAGGAUAAAGAGUUUCAAAGCUUUUUUGCUAAAGGGUGUGUGCUUCUCCAUGUAUCAAUGGCUCUUUGGAGGUUUUACUUUGAGAGGAGGCUUGAGGAUUUGGCUUGCCAUUGGCCAAAGCAGGUGAUUGGAGAUCUUCUGCUGUCACUUUCUUGGGUUUUCUUUCUGGUGUAUACUUGGAGAGAAAAGUAUGAUUAGUCUUAAAGAAGAGGUGAAACUAAAUCAUCUGGAGCAACUUUGGAUUUUGUGCAAUUUCAGAGCUGUCAUUGAUUAACGUAAAUGUGGAUCACAGUUUUUAAGUUCAAUCGGAAUUGAAUUGAUGGACAUUAUUCUCAGUUGCUUUCAAGGAAUAUUUCUAUGUGGGAAAUUUAGCUGAUUGCCACCGGAGAUUUUUCCAUCCAAAUCUGCUGUUGAUUACUGCUACGGAUCAUUUAUGGUAAGAAAUUAUGGGGAUUUCUUGUUAAAGAGUUUUGUUUCAAAAUCCCUUUUAAGAGAUUGAGAAUCUUAAUUGUAAUUUACAAUAAUUUGAAAUUUUGGAAACAGAGCUUGAGCUCAUGUGAGCCUUAGAAUUUGGCUUGCAUAGUUGAAAUGCAUUAAAAAUAAUGUAUGAAUGUGGAAUAAUGGAUUAGCCUGGCUAUUUUCAUUAUCAUUUAUACAAUUUCAUGUAAAAUGUUGUAUAAAGAGAGACCAUUUAGGAUGUGCAGGUACAGAAAAAUUGCCUUUCUGCUAAACUUAGCAUGAAAUGAUGAAAAUAGUACAACAUCUAAUGCCUGUUAUCUAUAACAAAAUUGAAGUUGCAUGUUGCAGUUUGCUGUUCUUGGGUAUUAAUUGUUAAAAGUAUCAUGAAAGUCUUCAACUGCUAAAUAUGCAUUCAAAGGUUUAGCUCAUUAGCUGACUGGAACUUCUGAACUACUGGCAUUAAGUGAUGAAGUGUCCCAAUUGAAUUCCAUUGGUAAUUUGUUGGUGCUAUUAUUACUUCUGGGAAGAAGAAGAAGAAGAAGAAGAA